GGUUGCGCCCAUGAACACAUGUGUUUAUGUUUCUUUGAAAGCAAUGAAUGAGUGAUCUCAGCAGCUGUUGUACCCUUCAGAUUUGACAUUGUACUGUUACAGUUGUAAUUCAAACUGAAGAUGGGGGAGUUUAGGGUGCACCAUAUUCGCUUCUUCGAGUACAAACCCAAGGCAAUUCACUGUCUCGCUUAUACAAAAGAAUGGAAGAGACUAGCUGUUUCACGAUCUGACGGCUCACUGGAAAUAUGGAGUGAACAAGACAAGUGGUUUCAAGAAAGGGUUAUUCCAGGAAGUGGAGAUCGGUCAAUUGAAGCUGUGAUAUGGCAAGGGAAGCGACUCUUCACAGCAGGACUUGAUGGCGAGGUGACAGAAUAUGAUUUGAUCAAACUGCAGGCCAUGCGCUCUGCCUUUUCCCAUGCAGGACCUAUUUGGUGUCUUACACAGAAUUCCAGUGGGACAAGACUAGCUGCAGGGACGGAAGAUGGCUGUGUGGUUUUAUUUGAUAUUGAAAUGGACAAUCUACAGUACCUGAAGUCAUUUGACAAACAAGAAGGUCGUAUUUUGUCCAUCGCUUGGCAUGAGGGUGAGAACAUUAUAGUGACCGGAGGAGUGGACAAUAUCCGUUUGUGGAGUGCCAGCUCUGGACAUGCUAUCCAGCGACUGACCAUCGGCCGAGAAGAGGUCUCUAAAGAGACCAUCGUGUGGUGUGUCACCGUCACAAGUGACCUGACAGUCAUCAGUGGAGACUCCCGUGGGAAGACAUGCUUCUGGAACGGCAAGAUGGGAACUCUCAUUCGGAGUUUCCAGAGCCACAAGGCCGACGUGUUGUCUCUCUGUCUCAAUGAGACAGAGGAGAGUUUGUACACAGUAGGAGUGGAUCCCACCAUUGUCCAGUUUGAAGAUCAUCUAUCCUGGGAGAACAACACUGGCAAGUGGACGAGGUCAAUCGUCCGGUCCAACCACACCCAUGACAUCCGAGCCAUCGUUCUGUCUGGGGACACCAUCAUCACAGGAGGUGUUGACACCAACCUGGUCCUGCAUGAUAUCAACCCAGCUAAAGGCAAGGGGAGGAAGGUGCCUGGUCUGCCGCAGCGCCCCCUGGUGAGUGUUGCCAAGGAUGCAGGCCUGCUGUUGUUGCAGUAUCCAACAUCCCUGGAGGUAUGGCGGCUCGGCGCCACCAAGAGAAAGUCAAAUAUCCAUGGGGAAAUUCUGCCGCUGGACACCAAGCCACUGAAACUGGUCCAGCUGAAGGCCAAGAUAGGAGAAUGUGUCGUCUGCAGUGCCAUCGCAGCUGAUGGGUCUCUGAUUGGCUACUCAGAUGAGAGGAGUAUCCGGCUGUACAACUUUACUGUGAAUGAAUCAGAUGCCCUUCAACCAGUUGUGACCUUGACCCGAAUUAAGGUCAUUGAUGAAGACAUCAUGCCAGCUCAUCUCAUGAGAUUUAACGUCCACAAGCAACUCAUCUCAGCCUCAUGUUCAGCAGCUGUUCAAGUUAUAGAUGUCAAGGACACUGAGGUCAAGGUCAAUCACACGUUCCAACCACUGAAAG